AUGGAUUCUGCCCAGAAUUUGUGCAAAAUUCCUCCUAAGCCGCCUGAUGAUUCUCGGGUUCCCAUUUCAACCCCAACAAAUUCUUUGAAUUUCCCUCCCAAACCGCCAAACAUAGCCAAAAACUUCGCUUCUCUGUUCAAGAAACCCACAAACAGGGAAAUCUUUCUCCCUUCCCCGUCUGCUUCAGCUAUUAUUCCACCCUCCUCUGUGAAUCCGGAGAAGGGGCAACAAUCUAAACAGAAUCCAGAAAAAGGAAAUAACAUUGCAGCAUUGAAUGAGGAGAAUGAAUUGGUGGAUGGGCUUAAUGGAAUAGACCAAAAUCUGUCUACCCAAGUAAACCUUGGUGACUGUGUUCAACAACAAAUUGGAGAGGAUAUGGCUAAGAGUCAACAAACAGGAGAUGCCCCAACUUCUAUGGAGAGGGAAACUCAGCAUAGGGUGGGAUUGCAGAAUGAUGGUAUGGGGGUGAGCAAGGUGUUGGAAAAAAUAGGGUCCAGCCCUUAG